AUGUUUGAUCAGGCUACUAGUAUGGGCGAUGGAGUGUCCGAGGAGAGAAGAAGCCCUCUGUGUGGCAAGUCAGCCACAUCGUGUACAGAGCGACUCAGAGACAAGGGAAGCAGAGCUGAUGUAGAGUGUUCCUUACGAGGCCACAGCAUUAAGGACAUUCCGGUGACCUCCACCUCCAGCCCUGGAUCGUCCAAAGAGGAAGGUCAAGACAAUCAGUCCGCAGGAGAAGCUGAUUACUGUCGACGGAUCCUGGUCAGAGAUGCCAAAGGGACGAUCCGUGAGAUUGUGCUCCCAAAAGGUCUGGAUCUUGACCGGCCGAAGCGCACCAGAACCUCCUUCACUGCAGAGCAGCUGUACCGCCUGGAGCUGGAGUUCCAGAGGUGCCAGUACGUUGUUGGCAGAGAGAGGACAGAAUUGGCAAGACAGCUCAACUUGUCAGAAACCCAGGUCAAAGUCUGGUUCCAGAAUCGGAGGACCAAACAGAAAAAGGACCAGAGCAGGGACUCUGAAAAACGUUCCUCGUCAACCUCCGAGUCAUUCGCAACAUGUAAUAUAUUACGAUUGUUGGAACAAGGUAGACUAUUAUCGGUUCCGGCUCCACCCAACCUGCUUUCUACUGGUCAAAAUCCUGUAAAUGGGUCGAGCCUGGGAACAUCGGGAAAUACAUCACCCAGUAUAAGCAGUACCCCACCCGGAGCUGGUGCGUUCACUCUCCAAGUUCCAUCCUUAGCUUCCUCCACUUCUCCAAGGCUACCAGCUCCUCUUUGUUUCCCUGGUCCUCUAUUGGGAGGCCUACAUGAAAUACCCACUGGUUAUGGACUAGGAAGCUCAGCCUUCGAGCCUUAUACCCGACUGGAAAGAAAAGACAGUAUCUCCAGCAAAAAGCCAAGUUCCUAA